CAAUGGCUUGAACGUUCACAGUGGCUAAUGUGUCGUCAUACGUUAUAUGUUUGUCGCACGGGAAGAAUACAGCUAUUUAAGUAAGAGUUCAUCGCUGCAGUAAUGGACAACUCUACGUAUCCUUACCACACAGAGAAUCUACAAGGCCACACAAGUUUUGAGUUCUAUCCUUUCCACCAGGACCAGAAACACACGUGCUACAAAGGAAUGCACUUUUCUACUAAUCGUAUCGAUCAAACUAGAGUCCUUGUCAGAACUUCUACUGGGGAAUCUUUCAGUAACAAUGACGUGAAAGAUAUGCUUCUUGCAACCAAAUAUGCAGAAACGUAUUUGGAGGGAUUCUUCAAACAAUAUUACAUCAAAGAAUUCCUGUGCAUGUGUCGAAUGACACAUUCGCCCGUGUCGUUCGGGCAGCCGGUUGUUACAAGGUUGGCCUCAACGGCUCGGUGUCUGAAUAGGUUCUUCAAGGUCAUCAGAGGACACCACAAAAUACUGAAGAAAGACGAAUGGGUUUUCAUUGAGAGACGCUUGUUAGGAGAAUACGUUUCUUUUGUUGACGAAAAAGGACACAGAACGAAGGAGACAGACGGAAAAGAACAGGGAAGAACCUACUGUGACUUUGAAAGAUUAUUGUCAGCAUUUUGUCAUUACACACUGGUGUCAAGUGGCCAGACACUUGUGGUUUGUGGUCUUACCGGUGUCCAUAACGGACAACACACCCGCCUGUCCAUUCCGUGCGUACACUCUGUCGACCAGACAUUUGGUGCUGAAGAUCAAGGAACACGGGGAAUAGAAAACUUUGUCAAGAACCAUAAAUGUAACGCAUUGUGCAAACACUUGUCGCUCCUCACAGACAAUCGUAAACAUAAACCACGGUACAAUCAGUCUGAUAAAGCAACAGGUGGGAUGGAACGCGUUUUUGGUUCUGCUCAAGUAGCGGUUUAUUCAGGACAGGCAUAACUGAAUAUCGACGUGAUUUCUGGAUUUGUUUUUGUUUUAAAGGAACUUACUGCAGUAUAAAUGUGGAGUUAUCUAGAGGUUUGAUAGUGAUAGAUUGUGAUAUAUUGAUUAUGACUUCUCACUCCUUGGGCAGAGAUAUCCACACUAUCGGACAGGAAAUUUUUGUUCUGGCUUAACCCGGGUUGAAAACCAGCCUGAAGCGUCAGCGUGUGCUCAACCGAAAGUUGUAACACAUUUGUGUAUUGCACUGAAUUAAUAGGCCAAGUAAAUUUAUCACAUAUAUUUAUGUUGUAUCUCUGUCACUUACAAGGUAAAUGCUUUUUACAAAUGACUAGUUGUAAUAAUACUGCCAUUGUCUAUAUCAUGACAAAUAAAAUCGUCCUCGAUUUGUAUUGCU